GAGAGAUAAGAAAGAGACGUGAGAGAUGAGUAAAUCCGUCGAGUGGUCUGAUUUACUCGAAGAGCUGCUCGAUCUAAUAGCCAACCGUGUCUUCUCCAACGUCGAGCUUCUCCGAGUCCGAAGCAUAUGCAAAUCCUGGCGUUCUGCGGUUGCGACCAAUAAAAGUUUCCCAAACCGCCGCAACCGCAAUCGCAGACGCUUCCUUUCUCAUCCUUACGGUAUUAGUAAUGAAAAAAAGUGUUUACUCUCUCCCGCAGCUUUAUUCCGUGUGAUUCACUCCUCAUGUCCGAACAAAGGAUGGCUUCUCAAAACCCAAGAUGUCUCCGACUUGCGUAAAAAACUCCUUUUCCCUCUCUCACGUCUCGUCAUAGAUUCUUCCCACAAAACCCUAGAUCUCUUGGAGUUUACUGUCUCAGAGAUUCAUCAGUCUUACGACGCUUAUGAAUACUGGGAAAAAGAUUCGGUUGCGAGUAUAAAGUCGUAUGGUUUCGCUAGAGUUGUUCUCGUGGACAACCUGGUUUUCGCGGUCGAUCGCUACAAGAAACUCUGGUGGUGCAAUAGUGGGGAAGAAAGUAACAAUGAUCAUGUCUGGACAAGGAUGUCAGAUGAAGAAGCUGAGUAUUUCUCGGAUAUUAUAGUCCACAAAGGUCAAGUCUAUGCACUGGACCUAAAGGGCGCGAUUUGGUGGGUUAGUUUAUCUGAGCUUAAGAUUUAUCAGUACGGACCUAAUUCAACACCAACGGGCUACUACGACAGUGAGUAUUGCCGUGAGUAUUUGAAAGACAUGAGGCUCGUGGAGCAUUGUGGAGAUCUAUGCAUUGUUUAUCGUUUCUGUGAGAUAUUAAUUAAGAGACCUUAUAGCCUGAGGACCAUUGGUUUUAAAGUUUAUAAGAUGGACGAGGAAUUGGUUAAAUGGGUUCAGGUUAAUUCUUUGGGAGACAAGGCUUUUGUUAUGGCAACAGAUAUUUGUUUCUCUGUCUUGGCUAGUGAGUAUUAUGCAUGUUUGGAGAAUUCCAUCUAUUUCACAGAUGAGGAAGAUAUAAACAAUGCUAAAGUGUUUAAGUUUGGAGAUGGACCUGAUGGUAGUAUUAUCAAGAACGUCAAUUCUUCUUCUGAAAAUUGUUUUCAGAUGUUUUCUCCUCCUUUUGUCUGACAAUGUUUUUGGUAUAUGGUCGGAAAAUUCAUCUAUGGGAAAUUGUGUCAAGUAU